GAAAACAGGUUUACCGUUUACUCGAAAAAACAAUGGGCCGGGCUUGUAGAAAGGGGAUGUGUUUUGGGGCUUAAGGCCCAUUAUCUUUAUUUGCAAAAUGACCCCUGAGCUUUCAAGAAUCUCACUAAAUACAAUUCAAAUUUUUUCCUUUUCUCCAACACCAAAAAUCAUCAAUGGAAUUCAAGAAAUUCCUAUCAAUUCACAUUUUUUUUGUGUUAAUUUUUGUGGGGUUUGUUUAUUAUGUGACAAUUUUCAUUUUCUUGGAUGAUUUGUUGAGUUUACAGACCUCAACUGGCAAAAAUCACUCAUUUUUCUAUACUUUCUUGGCUUGUCUUGUUGUUUUUAGUUUCUUUGUUUGUGUUGUUAAAGACCCAGGUGGAGUUCCUUCUUCAUAUUUACCUGAUGUUGAGGAUCAUGAAGCUUCAGAUCAAGAAUCCAAAAGAUCUGGUCUGCUUAAGAAGAAAUGUGACAAGUGCUCGGAAUACAAGCCACCGAGGGCUCAUCAUUGCCGUGUCUGCAGAAGGUGUAUUCUAAGGAUGGAUCAUCAUUGUGCGUGGAUAAACAAUUGUGUUGGUCAUAGGAACUACAAGGCGUUUGUAACUUUAAUCUUCUAUGCAACUAUUGCUUCAAUCUAUUCCUCGGUUAUAUUGGUAAGCGAUGCACUUCAUAAAGAUUGGAAUUUCGAAGGAGUGAUGCCUCUCAAGCUAUUUUAUAUUGCAACUGGUGUCGUGAUUAUUGGCUUAAGCGUGACACUAGGCACUCUCCUCGGCUGGCAUAUCUACCUUACAAUUCGCAAUAUGACAACUAUAGAGUACUAUGAGGGAAAACGAGCAGCGUGGCUGGCAAGUAAAUCUGGGAUGAAUUAUCAUCAUCCUUAUGACGUUGGUGCUUGUAAAAAUAUUAGUCUGGUAUUAGGUCCGAAUAUGUUAAAAUGGUUAUGCCCCACCGCGGUGUCCCAUAUAAAAGACGGACUCAGCUUCCCUACUUCACGCGAGUACUCAUAACGCAGUCUCCAUCAGAAAAGUUUCAGCAGCAAGUGUAAAUCGUAGUCCAAGAUCAUUGCUUCAGAACAAUGGCAACUAACAACAGCGAUACAGAUACCAUUCUAUAUGCAGUUUCAACUUGUUAUGUAGCGCCUCCGACACAGUAAUCAGGUCGGAGACUUUCCUGUGGCGUAUCCGUCAACUCCUGCAUCAUUCGAGACUCUCAGUAUACCGUUAUCUGUUAAAGGAAAUGGAAGAAGCGCGAUUUUUGUACAGGAAUUAUGAUCAUAUUGUUAGUAUAUGUUUUUAUACUGCAUCUCUUGUAUUCUUUUGGUGAGAUAUAUAUGUCACGCAGACAUGUUUUUUGUAUCGGUCAGUAGAAAAUAUCGAGAGUUUCUACCUGAGACGGACUUAAAUGGAGCUAUAUGGACGAUUUGAUUCAUAUAGUCGAGCUCAACGUACUUAGAACUGAGACAUAGUUCUCUUUAGGAGAGA